AUGAAACUCUUUGGUAAACCAAAACCAAAACAAGAUACUCAAGAAACAAUUGGUAAACUUAGAUUAACAUUAGAUAUGCUUGAAAAAAGGCAAACAUUUUUACAAGAUAAAUUAGAAAAAGAACAAGAAAAAGCAAAGGUCUUAGUCAGCCAAAAAAGAAAGAGAGAAGCAUUAUUAUGUUUAAAAAAGAGAAAUAAUUUUCAAAAUGAGGUUACAAAAUUACAAGGUUCAUAUGAUACAUUAAAUCAACAAAUUUUUGCAUUAGAGAAUGCAAAGAUGAAUAUGGAAAUUAUGAAUUCAAUGAGAGAUGGUGCAAGAUCAUUAAGAGAAUUACAUGGUCACCUUACUAUCGAUAAAGUUGAUGACGUAAUUGAAGAGAUUCAAGAGCAAAUGGAAAUUCACGAAGAAAUUUCAAAUGCUAUCAGUCAACCAUUAGGUAACCAAGUUGAAGAUGAAGAAGAAUUACUAAGAGAAUUAGCUGAAUAUGAGCAAGAAGAAUUAGAUGCUCAAUUACUUAAUAUUAAAGCACCUUCAAGAGAAUUACCACAAGAAAUUCAAGUAAAUUUCCCAACUAUUUCAAAAACUGUACCAAAACUUUCAAAAGAAGAAGAAGAGAUUAGAGCUUUGGAAGAAUCUUUAGCAAUGUAA